UUCCCUUAAUAAUAAUUAUUAAUUGUUAAACUCAGAAAAUAGUUGAAGUAUUGCAAUGACUACAAAUCAGGAAGAAGUGAAGCUUUUGGGAGCUACAGGAAGCCCAUUUGUGUGCAGAGUACAAAUUGCUCUUAAAUUGAAGGAAAUUCAAUACAAAUUUGUUGAAGAAAACUUGGUCAACAAAAGUGAACUUCUUCUCAAAUAUAAUCCAAUUUAUAAAAAAGUUCCAGUUUUUGUUCACAAUGAUAAACCAAUAAUAGAGUCACUUGUGAUUCUUGAGUACAUUGAUGAGAUUUGGAAACAAAAUCAAAUCUUGCCUUCAGAUCCUUACCAAAGAUCAUUAGCUCGUUUCUGGUCCAAGUUCAUUGAUGAUAAGAUUGUGGUGGCGUCAUCCAAAUCGGUUUUUACAAUUGAUGAGAACGAGCGCGAGAAGCAUAUUGAAGAAGCAACUGAGGCUCUACAGAUUCUUGAAAAUGAGCUGAAGGGAAAGUUCUUUGGAGGGGAAGAGAUUAACUUUGUGGAUAUUGCUGCUGUCUUUAUAGCUUUUUGGAUCCCUUUGAUUCAAGACAUUACAGACUUGAAAUUGUUCACUGAUGAAAAGUUUCCAAAGCUUUAUAAUUGGAGUCAAGAACUUCUCAACCAUCCUGUUGUGAAGGAAAAUCUUCCUCCUAGAGACCCUCUUUUCGCAUUUUUUAAAGCUCGCUACGAUGGCCUUUUUGCUGCUUCAAAAUAGAUCCAUGUACUGAUGUAGAGUGCGGAAACUCAGAAUUUUAAGUUUAUGAACUGUUUAUCUGUCAUUUUGUUUUUGUUGUUAGGAUUUCAUUUCAAAAUAAUGUUUUGUAAUAUGAGAUUUCUGCAUGUGAAAUCUACUUAUGUUGUUGUACUUUUUCAUAUUUCAAUUAAUAAAGAAAAGAGUUUCUUCGAUCCCUGAC